GAAGAGGAAGAAGAAGAAGCGUGUGUGUUGCUCAGCUGAGUUCUUGAGAGAGAGGUGAAGGAUACAGGACAGACAGCUGCAGAGGAUGCUUCCAGGGUUUUGUGCAAAUCUGUGAAUGUGUGAUCUUCCAAAAUGGAAGAGACAAAAGAAAGCUUAGUGUUUAAAGGUGUUGCUGAGAGACUGACGCUUGGCAUUACUCGAAUACUUGAUAACAUGCCUGGUGUGGUCGAUGUGCGUUUUGUGGAGAGGGAUCCUGCAGAGAAGAGGAGCCUGCUGUCAUGGGAACAGAAAAACACUUGUAUUUUGCCAGAGGACCUGCGAGAUUUCUAUCUGACAACUGAUGGAUUCACACUAACCUGGAGCGUUAAACUUGACAAUGAGUGCGUUCCCCUAGGAUGCAUGAUGAUCAACAGUGUGACCAGGCUGUGCCCUCUCCUCCAACCAGUAUCUUUAUUCGCUCUACCUAAUGCACCAUCACUGGCCGACCUGGACUGGGAAGAGACCGACACAGAAAGUGGGACGGGGCACGCUCCCGCCGCUGCACCCCACUUUGAUAUCCGGAGCCGCAUCUUCGAGCUGGAGUCCUGUGGCGGGAAUGGAAAAGUGUGUCUAGUCUACAAAAACUGCACUCCAGGUGUGGUAGCCCAGCAGAGUGAGAUUUGGUUCCUUGACCGCUCGCUGUGUUGGCAUUUACUGACCGCAACCUUCACCUCCUACUACCGACUGAUGAUCACUCACCUGGGUCUGCCCGAGUGGCAGUAUGCCUUCACCCCAUAUGGCCCGAGUCCCCAGGCCAAGCAGUGGGCAUCGCUGUACCAGCCGCUGACUUUCAGCAGCGAGCUCAGCUUUGCCGAUCCUGCUGGAGAUUCCCACCUCAACAAGCUGGAUCCUACAAAGGCCUUCAGAGGCAAAGCCAAGACACCCGUCCCCAAGAAGAAGCAGUCGACACAGUGCACCUUAGGGAGUGCUGCAAAGAGCCAAGGCAGCACGGGAAGACACAGUGGGGGAAAGCGGUGAGGAUGUUCCCAUCCAAGGAAAACAUUUCAACCAACUUUACUGUCUGUACAACCAGCAUGGCUUACAGGAGCCACCUGCAAUUCCACCAUUGGCUGGAUUCGGUUUGUUAGCAGCUCCAUGAGAAAAUGUUGUCUGAAACUAAGUUUGGAAAGCUGCAUGUCUAAACGGAUACAUAACCAGCAUUUUCCAACACAAGGCUUAAGUGAUACCAGCUGGUGGAGGCAACUUGGCAUGUAAAAGUGUUGGCCUGUCAUACAUUUCAAAAACACAAGGAACACCAUGAUCAUUUUAUGUUUACCCUUCACUGCUAAGUGAUAGAAGAAUGAGGUCUUUCUGAAACGCUGAGGCUUUCCAGCCAAUGGCAUCACCAAUAGAUGCUUCAAAGCCUCAUUUAACACUGUUAACUAGUGACACCUAGUGGUAAAAAUCAUUAAAAGCAGCCAUUUCAUAAAAUAUGAUCAUGUGCUGCUGACACAUGACAAAUAAUCCUGACAUGUAGUAACAAAUAAGGACACAGUUUAUAUCUGUAGUUAAUAUCACUAGGCUUGGUUUGUUGUUUUAAAUAUUUCAAUAUCAUACAACAAUAAUAUACAGUAUAUAUAUAUAAUAUAUACAAUUUUCAAAGAAAAAUAGGUAAAUAACAAAUUUCUAUGUUUAUGUGACUGUAAAACUGAAUGAAACAGUAAGAAUGAAAAUAAUACAGUGUCGGUUUCAGUUGUGGCAGUAAAAGUGCUUGUAUGGUUGACGGAUUUGUAUCUACAAUAUGAAAUGAUUACAGAAAGAAAUAGAUGUCAUGAUUCCCUGAAAA